AUGCCUCAGCUUUUAAUGGCGACCUCUGGAGAAGGCAGCAACCCCGGUGGCAGAGCGAUGCCCCGGCCCCUGGCGCAGGUACAGGAGCUCGCGCCCCGGGUAGCCCGCAGACGCCUGUCCCAGGCCCGCCACCGAGCCACCCUGACGAAACUCUUCAGUAACCUCAGGAAAGUCGUUUACCAGCAGUCUGAUUUCACAGCCUCAAAGUGGCAGGUUUUGAACAGGGCGAAGAGUCACAUUCAGGAACAGGAACAAAUCUUGGAUAACCUGCUGAAGGUGAAAGAAUCCUUCAAACUGGAAGAUGGAAAUGCAAACAGCUUAGAGGAGGUGAAGGAAAACUACGCUAGCAUGUUCUGCAGAAACCACAGACGGCCGGGACAGGGCCCUUGGUCUCGAGCGUCAGGUCUGCCAGAUGGUGUUGUUUUCUGUUCCAGAUACCUCAACUUCUACAAGCAGACAAUGGACCUUCUGACCAGGAACAAGAUUGUCUCCUCACAGGAGGCGACGCUCCCCGUCGUCUCCGCGGCCAUCUCCCACCUGUGGCAGACCCUCUCCGAGGAGAAGGCCAGUCUCCUGCAGGCCUUGGCGCAGAAGCACAGCGGCCUCUCGGGCCUCGAGGGGGCCACCCAGCAGCCAGCCUGUGUCGAGGACAGCAUGAAGGACAGUGGAGUCGACAGCCAAGGGGCCAGCUUCUCGCUUGAGUCCACCCCCCCGGAGGAGCUCCUUUUUGAAGAUGCCUUCGAUGUGGCAUGUUUCCUGGACAAAAGUGAGGCUCCAAGUAUAUCCAGCCCCAGUUCCAUGUUUGCCAGCUGCAACCCCGAGAACCCAGAAGAGAAGUUUCAGCUCUAUACGCAGAUCGUUGACUUCUUUAAAGGCCUUUGCUGUGUUAACACUCAGGUGAAACAGGAAGCAGACCUCCCCAUGGACGAUGAGAUGAUGAUGUUGCAGUGCAUGGAGACCUUUGACGAUGAAGAUUUGUAAUGCAGAAGGGCUGGGAGGGGAGGCAAUGAAACAGUUUCCAAGUUUGAAUGCCGGCAGCGAAGGCUGCACGUGCCUCAGCCUUCUGGGAUAUUUUGGAUGGAC